AUGAUAUCAAGAAUAUUCCGUGGAGAAAAUGAAAAUGCUGCUGUCAAAAGAAAACGUCAGAUAGACACAUUGAAAAUUUUUAAUGAUAAUGUAGUUGAAUUGAGGGAAGAUGCUGAUUAUCAGGUACAAUUCGAUGCUGGAGAAGCACGUAUGGCUAUUAUGGUAUCACUACCACCGGAAUUUCCAUUGGAAAAACCAAUACUCCGAGUUUCACCACCAAUAACACAUCCUUGGUGUAAUGAGCACAGUGAAAUUACAAGUGCUCCAGGGUUAUUAAAUUUUACAAUACACAGCGAUCUUGGUCGUGUUGUUCAAGCAAUUAUCAGAGAGUUUAGUAAAAAUCCACCUCAAUUAAUUGAUGAUGCUUCUCUGACCAAUCAAUCAAGAGAAUUACAAGAACGUAUAUCACCUCUAUACGGUGCUCAACAUUAUCCUGAGUUACAAUCGACAUUAUAUAACACAUAUUACAACUCACAGUAUCCGGCAUACUCAACUUCCAGCGGCAGUAAUUACAAAUACAACUAUGUCAACUCUUGCAUAUCAAAUCAAGAUCAAUUUACAUCGUCUCUACACCGUCCAACGUACACUUCAACUGGUAGUCCUGGUAACUCCAAUUCGAUCGGCACUGCCAGUCCUGUUCAGUACUCCAGUGAUCACCGGCCAGUUAGUUACAUAAAUUCUCACAAUUAUAAUGUCACGAGUUAUAAUAAACCUAUGACAGUAAAUCCCUCAUCUCAUACGGUGGUAUCCAGAAGUCCAGAAUUUCCAGAGCUUAAUAAUUUAACGAACGAGCAACUUGUAAAGCUCGCUGAAGAAACAGAUAGUCUUGAUGCUUUUUUAAGUCAACAUUCCCAGCUUAAGGAUAUUAAUUUAUUGAUUGAUAAGACUAUUGAUAACGUUGAAAGAUUAGCAAAUGAUAAUUUAUCCAAAGAGACUGAAUUAAAAGCAUUAAAAGAAGAAGUAGCAUCGAAAAUCCAAAGUGUAUCAGAACUUAAAGCACAUUAUGAUAAUUUAAUUAGCCAAUACAGCAAAUUAUCGCAAGUAUUUGCGCCAGAUCAUAUACGCGAGUGUCUAAAAAAGGCUGCUGAUGAAAGUCAUGAGCAAAGUGAAUUAAUUGCUGAAAAUUUUCUCGAGCGUAAAAUAGACGUUGAACGUUUUUUGAGCAGCUACAUUGAGUGCCGUAAAUUAGGGCAAGCACGUCGGACUAAAGAAGAAAAAUUGGCACAUCAAUUGAAUGAACUAAAACGAGCUGGUUAUUAA